GAUGAUCUUCGCGUGGCUGCUUCACGAGUCUUGAGUACGCUUGCAUGCAGGAGGAUUUGGCGCGCGCAGCCCAAGCGCAGUUUUCCAAAGCUGCAUUUUCCUUGGCUGCAGCUCAAUAAUUUAAUUCGUGACAAGUGUCCGCUUAAACACGUAAACAGAAGCCUACUCUUCUACAAGAACUGAGGACGCUCUUGAAGUGAACGGAACUGAAGAGGUUGCUAGUAAUUAUUCAUAGGACAAUGAUUUCGGGAUGGAUUACACUUACCUAUCUCUUGUUAAGUUUCUGGGUUGUCUAUAUUAGCAAAGCCAGUUCCGAAACGAAACGGCUUUAUGAUGACCUCAUCAAUGGUUACAACUCUCUCAUUCGCCCUGUGGGUAACACCUCUGAUAAAUUAACAGUGAAGAUGGGCCUCAAGUUGUCUCAGUUGAUUGACGUGAAUCUUAAAAACCAAAUCAUGACUACCAAUGUAUGGGUGGAGCAGGAAUGGAACGAUUACAAGUUAAGGUGGGAUCCAGAAGAAUACGGCGGGGUUUCAAAGCUCCACGUUCCUUCAGAGCAGAUAUGGCUUCCCGAUAUUGUUCUUUAUAACAAUGCAGACGGAAACUAUGAAGUUACCAUCAUGACCAAAGCUACCCUUCACUCGAAUGGCCUGGUCAUCUGGCGACCACCAGCAAUCUAUAAGAGUUCGUGUGAGAUGAACGUCCAGUACUUUCCAUUUGACGUGCAAACGUGUUUCAUGAAGUUUGGCUCGUGGACCUAUGAUGGUUACACUGUUGAUUUGAAACACAAGCAUCAGUUUGGAAACUCUGAUGAUUCGGAGAUCGCCAUGGGGAUCGAUUUGAGUGAUUUUUACCUAAGUGUAGAGUGGGACAUUAUGGCUGUCCCGGCUAGGCGGAAAGAGAAAUUUUACAGCUGUUGUGAAGAACCCUAUCCAGAUAUCACCUUUAAUAUCACCCUGAGACGCAAAACUCUGUUUUACACAGUUAACCUCAUAAUUCCUUGUGUGGCAAUUUCGUUUUUGUCGAUUCUGGUCUUCUAUUUACCAUCAGACAGUGGUGAGAAAAUAUCUUUAAGCAUUUCGAUUGUCCUUUCUUUAGUGGUAUUUUUCUUGCUGUUGUCGGAAAUCAUUCCACCAACUUCUUUGACAGUUCCUCUUUUGGGGAAGUAUUUACUUUUUACAAUGAUUCUCGUCUCUCUUUCGGUAUUUGUUACAAUUGCUGUCUUAAACGUCAUGUUCCGGUCACCAUCGACUCAUCGGAUGUCCCCAUGGGUGAAAAGAGUUUUUCUCGAUUUCUUGCCGAAGAUGUUAUGGAUGAGACGACCACAAGACGAAGAAGAUUCACUGCAGGACAACCAAUCUACAGAGGGCAUGCUGGCAUCGUCAGCGGCUGACACGUCUGAUGUCGUACCAUAUGAAUGUUCGUUUCACGGAACCACAUUCCCCGCCACUGAAGUUUCUGAUGGAGGAUCACAGUCCUCUUCUCCAGACAACUGUCUUAGUCCGGCGGUGGAGAAAGCGAUAUUUAAUGUGUGUUUCAUAGCUCAACAUAUGAAAAAUGAAGAUAGCUAUUCAGAGAUAAAAGAUGAUUGGCAGUUCGUUGCCAUGGUGAUAGAUCGUCUGUUUCUGUGGAUAUUUAGUCUAACUUGUGCUAUUGGUUCGGCUUGCAUCAUACUCGAAGCACCCUCCCUUUUUGAUGAUCAGCAGCCAAUUGAUGUACUAGUCUCCAAAAUGGCCGCUAGACGACUUUAUUAUCUAAGUGAUUAAUAGUUUUUAAGUAGAAGAAUUCACCUACAUUUUUUAUUGCCAUUUGGAUUGUACAAGCUAAUUACAGCCUUUCCUAAGCUCGUUCUGAGCGUUCACUCGAAUUUGUUGUUCAUUAUUAUUUGUGAAAUUUGUCUGUUAGUCAAAUUAAUGAAACUAUCAAAUUUAAUCUAAAUAUUGUCAAGUCUGCAAAGUAAAGUUCCUUAAAACAUUUAAUAAAUGGUGAACACAUUUAUUUAGAAGUUAUAAGCGUUUUUAUUUUUUAUUUUAAAUGUUAAAAGCACCUUGGCUUUAACAUCUGUUUUCGUUGAACUAGAAUUUUUGAAAGUACAGGAAUACAAACCGAGUUUCAUUUGUACAACCUUCCUGUUUAGAAAACUCUCUUCAAAAUUGUCAACUCGAUUCUGAUCCAAACUGCUACUGUAUCGAGUCUGUUCACAAUAAAGUUCGCCAACAGGCUUGACACAAAUGAUUAUCUUAACAGGCAAGCAUGUUAAAUUCAUCAUGGUUUGUAGCAGAAUUCAGUCAUUAAGAU